CGCGGGGCGGGUGGGUGGUGAGGAAAGUGAGGGGCUUCCACCUCGCCGUGGGGCUGCCGGGCCGCGCACCCACCCGGCCGGGAGAGCCCGAGGGGGAGAGAGAGGAGGAUCAAGGGCAGCGGCGGCUGCCGGCACUUGCUGGGGUGGGCAGGUAACUAGACAGCGGGAGUCGCGGCUGAGGCGAAGGGGGGGGAGAGGGAAUCCGCUCCCCCGAAACCCCGGAGGCAAAGAUACCCCUGACUGAAAGGGUUUUGAGGGGAAGAGGAAACUGAACGUAGCCCAGUUUUUUGUAGUUUUGUUAAAAUAAUCAAGUACCGAAGGCAAAUCUUAGGCAGAAAGGAUAGAGAGAUGGAGCCUACUGUGUUGGAUGCCGGCUUGAAUUUUUUAUUUACUUUUCCGUUUUAACCACUGCUAAAUGUGGAUUUUGUGAGAGAACCCGAUGGCGGUUGUUCCAUUGUUCCUUGUUUGAACGUAAACCUUAGUUCUGCUGCUUGUGGAAUUAUUUUUUAUUUAUUUAUUUAUUUUUUAAAAGGACCUUCCCAGGUAGCUUUUACAUCUGACAAAAUGAAGCCUUUGUAUUUUUCGAUCAAUUAUACCUAAUAUAGACCUUCGGUUUGGUACAAGAGACUUAAAGUGCUGCCUCACUCAGAGGACCAUUAAAGACUUUCUCUUUCGCUACAUGUAGCUGAAUGUGUUACGACACAUCCUUUCUCCCCCCCCAAAUCUUCCUAAAGAUUUUUCCAAAAUGAAGAAAUUUAAUUUUCGCAAAGUUUUGGAUGGUUUAACUGCCUCAUCCCCUGGUGGAAGCAGUGGUGGUGGCAGUGGUGGUGGAAGUGGGGCUGGUGGUGGCUCCGUGCACCCAGGAGGGACUGCAGGAGCUGCAGGGACACCCAGAGAUGAGAUCCAGGAGACGCUCACUUCAGAUUAUUUUCAGAUUUGUAAGACGGUUCGCCAUGGCUUUCCUUAUCUACCCACUGCCUUAGCUUUUGACCCAGUUCAGAAAAUUCUGGCAAUUGGAACAAGAACAGGAGCCAUACGAAUAUUGGGCAGGCCUGGUGUUGAUUGCUACUGCCAACAUGAAAGUGGUGCUGCAGUUCUGCAGCUCCAGUUCUUAAUCAAUGAGGGUGCUUUGGUCAGUGCAAGUGCAGAUGAUGCACUUCAUUUGUGGAAUCUCCGUCAGAAACGACCAGCUAUCCUACAUUCUCUGAAAUUUAACAGAGAAAGGAUUACUUACUGCCAUCUACCUUUCCAGAGUAAAUGGCUUUAUGUUGGAACGGAGAGGGGAAAUACACACAUUGUAAAUAUUGAGUCCUUCAUUCUUUCUGGAUAUGUUAUCAUGUGGAACAAGGCAAUAGAACUAUCCACAAAGACUCACCCUGGGCCAGUUGUACAUUUAAGUGACAGCCCAAGAGAUGAGGGAAAACUAUUGAUAGGCUAUGAAAAUGGGACUGUCGUAUUCUGGGACUUACGAUCUAAAAGAGCUGAUCUGAGAGCUUAUUAUGAUGAGGCUAUUCAUUCUGUUGCUUGGCAUCAUGAAGGAAAACAGUUCAUGUGCAGUCACUCUGAUGGCAGCUUGACCCUAUGGAAUCUGAAGAGUCCUAACAGACCAUUCCAGACCACAAUUCCACAUGGAAAAAUUCAGAGAGAUGGAAAAAAACCUGAAUCUUGUAAACCAAUUCUUAAAGUAGAGUACAAGACCUGUAAAAACAGUGAACCAUUUGUGAUAUUUUCUGGUGGAUUGUCAUAUGACAAGGCUUGUCGAAGACCAAGUUUAACCAUCAUGCAUGGGAAAGCAAUUACAGUUCUUGAAAUGGAUCACCCUAUAGUUGAUUUUUUAACUCUCUGUGAAACCCCAUAUCCAAAUGAAUUUCAAGAACCCUAUGCUGUAGUUGUGCUUUUGGAAAAAGAUCUCAUUGUUGUUGACCUGACACAAAGCAAUUUUCCAAUCUUUGAAAAUCCAUAUCCUAUUGACAUUCAUGAGUCACCUGUUACCUGCACAGAAUAUUUUGCGGACUGUCCUCCAGAUUUGAUUCCUGUACUCUAUUCUGUGGGAGCAAAACAUAAAAAGCAAGGAUACAGCAAUAAGGAGUGGCCUAUCAGUGGUGGAGCAUGGAACCUUGGAGCUCAGACUUAUCCUGAAAUCAUUAUUACAGGCCAUGCAGAUGGAUCAGUAAAGUUUUGGGAUGCUUCUGCCAUUACUCUACAGAUGUUGUACAAAUUAAAAACAUCAAAGGUCUUUGAAAAACAGAAAGUGGGAGAAGGAAAAGCAACAGCUGAGAUUGUGGAAGAAGAUCCUUUUGCUGUUCAGAUGAUAUACUGGUGUCCUGAAAGCCGAAUUUUCUGUGUGGCGGGAGUUUCUGCAUAUGUGGUGGUUUACAGGUUCAGCAAACAUGAAGUAAAUACUGAAAUUGCAUCAUUAGAGGUACGACUUCAGUAUGAAGUAGAAGAUAUCAUUACUCCUGAACCGGAAAUAAUUCCUCCAUUUCCAGAUGCCUCCUCCCAGCUUCCUUCUUUAAAGAGCCUUUCAGGCAGUACCAACACUGUAGCAUGUGAAGGAACGAUGAAGGAUAGUAUCCCAUGUCUUAGUGUUAAGACUCGGCCCCUGCGAAUGCCUCCUGGAUACCAAGCAGAUCUUGUUAUUCAGUUGGUGUGGGUGGAUGGUGAGCCUCCACAACAGAUUACCAGUCUUGCUGUAAACUCUGCUUAUGGACUAGUGGCAUUUGGAAAUUGCAAUGGUUUGGCCGUUGUGGAUUUUAUGCAGAAGACCGUACUGCUGAGCAUGGGAACCCUUGACCUAUACGGAUCAAGUGAUCCAUACCAGCGUCAACCCCGUUCACCUCGCAAAAGCAAGCAGUUUGCUGCAGACAACUUUUGCAUGCGUGGCCUGUCUAACUUUUAUCCAGAUUUAACGAAACGGAUCCGUACUUCCUAUCAGAGCCUGACUGAACUCAGUGACAGUCCAGUUUCCCUGGAGCUAGAGCGUUGCAAGUCUCCCACUUCAGAUCAUGUGAAUGGUCACUGUACAAGUCCAACAUCCCAGAGCUGCAGUUCAGGAAAACGACUUUCCAGCGCAGACGUCUCAAAAGCAAACCGCCGAGGGCCUGGGAGGCCCCCCUUCAGAAAAGCGCAGUCUGCAGCCUGCAUGGAGAUUUCUCUCCCAGUCACCACAGAAGUAGGUUACAUUUCCAGACGGGCAAUGCUUCAGCAAUUACACGGAAUCAGUACAUUCUCACACGACGAGCGUCACUAUACUGCUCACACAUGGAUGAACAAAGAAAAUAGGGAAAACUCCUUCAGCCGUUCCCGAAGCUCCAGCGUGUCCAGUAUCGACAGGGACUCAAAGGAAGCAAUUACUGCUUUGUACUUCAUGGAGUCUUUUGCCCGAAAGAAUGACUCUGCUGUCUCCCCCUGUCUCUGGGUUGGAACAGGCCUCGGUAUGGUCUUAAUCCUCUCCCUUAAUCUGCCUGCUAGUGACGAUUUACGGCAGUCAGAGCCAGUCAUGGUGUCGCCAAGUGGCACAGUUCUGACACUGAAAGGAGCCGUGCUGACCUUCGCGUGCUUGGACUGCAUGGGGACGUUGACACAUCCACCGUAUGAAGUAUGGAGGGACCCACACGGUGCUGAUGACGGUGAAAAAACAAGAAAAAGGAAACUUGUCAUGCAUUCCCCUUCCUCCUCCCAGGAUAUGGGUGAUCAUCAAUUUGCAGUCAUUUGUUCAGAAAAACAAGCCAAAGUCUUCUCAUUGCCUUCCCAAACAUGUCUUUAUGUCCACAACAUCACCGAAACGUCCUUUUUAUUGCGAGCAGAUGUGGUCACCCUCUGUAACAGCGUCUGUCUGGCGUGCUUUUGUGCCAAUGGGCACAUCAUGACACUGAGCUUGCCCAGCCUUCGCCCGCUGCUGGACAUCAACUAUUUGCCUGUAACAGACAUGAGGAUAGCGCGGACCUUUUGUUUCACUAACGAAGGGCAAGCUUUGUAUCUCAGCUCUCCCACAGAGAUCCAGCGCCUGACGUACAGCCAGGAGAUGUGUGACAAUCUGCAGGACAUGCUUGGGGAUUUGUUUACUCCUGUGGAAACACCAGAAGCCCAAAACAGAGGCUUCCUCAAAGGACUUUUUGGAGGAAGUGGACAGGCUUUUGACAGAGAGGAGCUCUUUGGCGAGGCCACGGCAGGAAAAGCCUCUCGCAGUCUUGCCCAGCACAUCCCUGGAUCAGGCGGAAUUGAAGGUGUGAGAGGAGCCGCAGGAGGAGUCAUUGGGGACUUGACUCGUGCACGCAUUGCUCUUGAUGAGAGAGGACAGAAACUGGGAGAGCUGGAUGAAAGGACUGCGAGCAUGAUGGCCAGUGCAGAGGCAUUUUCCAAACAUGCACACGAGGUGAUGCUGAAAUACAAGGACAAAAAGUGGUACCAGUUUUAGAUUUUCAAAGCAGCUGCUUGUGGCUUUAAGACGACUGUUCAGGGAAGCAACAUUCAUUCCUAAAUCUACCAGUCACUGGCCAGAGACAGUUUUUUCUCCUAGAAGAUAUUUUCCUGUUACUAUUAUUGGAUUCAUCACAGUGGGAGUCAAGGAGAAAUUUUACAGACCAUGACACAGAAGCUAGGAAUUAUGUGGGUCUUACUCCAACAGCUGGCUCAUGCGAUAGCCAAUUUUUUUCCAAAAGGAACUCAGUCAUCACUGUGGCAUGUAGUUUUGCAGAAGCUGUAGGUAUGAACUGUGGGGAGUGCAUCUGGUUAAAAACUAUUCUGUACAAACUCGAAUGUUAAUGCACUUAUAAAACUUUGCAUGACUAAUUGACAUCUUAAAAAAAAAAAAAAGAAA